AAGCCAGCCACAGCCUGGGACUGAAGAGGUUAAUGUGCAUCUGCCUCCGAAUGUUAAUGUGUCUAGGUGAUGUCAGUGGGAGCCAUGAAGAAGGGAGUGGGGAGGGCAGUUGGGCUUGGAGGCGGCAGCGGCUGCCAGGCUACCGAGGAAGACCCCCUUCCCGACUGCGGGGCUUGCGCUCCGGGACAAGGUGGCAGGCGCUGGAGGCUGCCGCAGCCUGCGUGGGUGGAGGGGAGCUCAGCUCGGUUGUGGGAGCAGGCGACCGGCACUGGCUGGAUGGACCUGGAAGCCUCGCUGCUGCCCACUGGUCCCAACGCCAGCAACACCUCUGAUGGCCCCGAUAACCUCACUUCGGCAGGAUCACCUCCUCGCACGGGGAGCAUCUCCUACAUCAACAUCAUCAUGCCUUCGGUGUUCGGCACCAUCUGCCUCCUGGGCAUCAUCGGGAACUCCACGGUCAUCUUCGCGGUCGUGAAGAAGUCCAAGCUGCGCUGGUGCAACAACGUCCCUGACAUCUUCAUCAUCAACCUCUCGGUAGUAGAUCUCCUCUUUCUCCUGGGCAUGCCCUUCAUGAUCCACCAGCUCAUGGGCAAUGGGGUGUGGCACUUUGGGGAGACCAUGUGCACCCUCAUCACGGCCAUGGAUGCCAAUAGUCAGUUCACCAGCACCUACAUCCUGACCGCCAUGGCCAUUGACCGCUACCUGGCCACUGUCCACCCCAUCUCUUCCACGAAGUUCCGGAAGCCCUCUGUGGCCACCCUGGUGAUCUGCCUCCUGUGGGCCCUCUCCUUCAUCAGCAUCACCCCCGUGUGGCUGUAUGCCAGACUCAUCCCCUUCCCAGGAGGUGCAGUGGGCUGCGGCAUACGCCUGCCCAACCCAGACACUGACCUCUACUGGUUCACCCUGUACCAGUUUUUCCUGGCCUUUGCCCUGCCCUUUGUGGUCAUCACAGCCGCAUACGUGAGGAUCCUGCAGCGCAUGACGUCCUCAGUGGCCCCCGCCUCCCAGCGCAGCAUCCGGCUGCGGACAAAGAGGGUGACCCGCACAGCCAUCGCCAUCUGUCUGGUCUUCUUUGUGUGCUGGGCACCCUACUAUGUGCUACAGCUGACCCAGUUGUCCAUCAGCCGCCCAACCCUCACCUUUGUCUACUUAUACAAUGCGGCCAUCAGCUUGGGCUAUGCCAACAGCUGCCUCAACCCCUUUGUGUACAUCGUGCUCUGUGAGACGUUCCGCAAACGCUUGGUCCUGUCGGUGAAGCCUGCAGCCCAGGGGCAGCUUCGCGCUGUCAGCAACGCUCAGACGGCUGACGAGGAGAGGACAGAAAGCAAAGGCACCUGAUACUUCCCCUGCCACCCUGCACACCUCCAAGUCAGGACACCACAGCACGCCACCGGGAGAGGUGCUGAGAAAAACCCAAGACCGCUCGGGAAAUGCAGGAAGGCCGGGUGGUGAGGGGUUGUUGCAAUGAAAUAAAUACAUUCCAUGGGGCUCACACGUUGCUGGGGAGGCCUGGAGUCAGGUUUGAGGUUUUCAGAUAUCAGAAAUCCCCUUGGGGGAGCAGGAUGAGACCUUUG